AUGAGUGAAUUAACAGAAGAGGAAAAGUUUAAAACCAAACACAUCGCCGACAUAAUAGGGGAAUGGGGUGUAUGGCAAAGGAAUCUCUGUAUUUAUGUGUUUAUAUUGACCGCAAUUCUUGCGUACAAUGAUCUGGGAUUCAGUUUUUUCGCGUAUGAACCGGAAUACUGGUGCAGUGAUGUGCCCAUUGCAUACCAGAACAAGACUGAAGACAUGAAAUGUCGACAAUUUGCAAAUUCUAGUGAAUUGUGCACUGAAUGGAAGUACAAUACAAACGAAUUUCACAAAUCAAUUAUAUCCGAAUUUAAUUUGGUGUGCGAUCGGUCUAAGUAUGCAUCGCUCACACAAUCGUUUUAUAUGUUGGGAUACUUAGUGUCGGGACUCAUACUGUCUUUCCUUCCCGAUAAAUACGGCCGAAGACCCCUCUGUUGGAUAUACUUUUGCAUUGAAAUCAUUUCAUUGACAGCCUGUGCCUUAUCUGUUAAUAUACAGCAAUAUAUUAUCUUCAGAUUGUUUGCCGGCAUAGGAGGAUGUGGUCGCACCGGGACUAUGUGUGUGACUCGGUUCUUUAACAUAGACAUCCAAAUCAAUUAA